AUGAAUGGAGUCGCCUUCUGCCUGGUCGGGAUCCCGCCCCGCCCGGAGCCCCGGCCCCCCCAGCUGCCCCUGGGCCCGAGAGAUGGGUGCUCUCCUGGGCGCCCCCUCCCCUGGCAGGGACCGAGGACGCUGCUGCUGCACAAGAGUCUCCAGGAUGGCUUUGGCUUCACCCUGCGCCACUUCAUUGUGUACCCGCCCGAGUCAGCUGUGCACUGCAGCCUGAAGGAGGAAGAGAAUGGAGGCCGAGGAGGAGGACCCUCCCCCCGGCACCGCUUGGAGCCCAUGGAUACCAUCUUUGUCAAGAAUGUGAAGGAUGAUGGCCCUGCCCAUAGGGCGGGGCUUCGCACAGGAGACCGGCUGGUGAAGGUGAAUGGGGAGAGUGUCAUUGGGAAGACCUACUCCCAGGUCAUAGCUCUGAUCCAGAAUAGCGAUGAUAUCCUGGAGCUCUCCAUCAUGUCCAAGGACGAGGACAUCCUCCAGCUGGCCUACUCCCAGGACGCCUACCUGAAGGGGAACGAGCCGUAUUCUGGAGAGGCCCGGAGCAUCCCAGAGCCACCCCCACUCUGCUACCCCCGGAAGACCUACGCCCCGCCAGCCCGGGUCUCCACCUGGGCCACUAUGGUGCCUGAGCCCCUCUCAGCGCUACCCAGUGACCCCCGGAGUCCCGCUGCCUGGAGCGACCCGGGGCCCCGAGUCCCAUCAGCCACCCGCACCCAUCCGGACAACCCUUCCUUGGGGAUGAGCCAGCCCCGCCCCAGCCCUGGUGCCUUCCCCCGCCUUCCUGUGGAGUCCCGGACGCCCCGUGCCUUCCCGGAGCCUGGCAGCCGGGUACCCCCCAGCAGACUGGAGUGCCAACAGGCCUUGUCACAGUGGCUGUCGAACCAGGUACCCCGCAGGGCGGGGGAGAGACAGUGCCCCACCAUGCCCCCCCGGGCCCGCAGUGCCUCCCAGGACCGUUUGGAGGACGUGACUGCCCACCGCCCAUGGCCCUGCUCCACCUCCCAGGGUGCCUUGAGCCAGCUAGGCCAGGAGGGCUGGCACCGAGCUCGCUCAGACGACUACCUGAGCCGGGCCACCCGCUCAGCUGAGGCGCUGGGGCCAGGGGCCCUGGUGUCACCCCGCUUCGAGCGCUGUGGCUGGGCUUCCCAGCGUCCGUCUGCCCGCACACCUGCCUGCCCACCCAGGGACCUGCCCGGGCCCCAGGCUCCAGCCUCAACUGGCCUGCAGGGCCUGGACGACAUCGGGUACAUCGGGUACCGGAGCUACAGCCCAUCAUUCCAGCGCCGGACUGGCCUCCUGCACGCACUCUCCUUCCGGGACUCACCCUUUGGGGGGCUGCCCACCUUCAACUUGGCCCAGUCCCCUGCACCAUUCCCACCGGAAGCCUCCGAACCACCCAGGGUUGUCCGACCAGAACCCAGCACUCGGGCCCUGGAGCCUCCCGCUGAGGAUCGCCGUGACGAUGUGGUCCUGAGGCAGAAGCCUCCGACGGGCCGCAAGGUCCAGCUGCCCCCUGCAAGACAGAUGAACCUUGGGUUUGGGGAAGAGUCCCCAGAGCCAGAGGCCAGUGGGCGAGGGGAACGCCUAGGCAGGAAAGUGGCCCCUUUGACUACUACUGAAGACUCUCUGGCUUCCAUUCCCUUCAUCGAUGAGCCCACCAGCCCCAGCAUUGACCUCCAAGCCAAGCAUGUCCCUGCUUCUGCUGUGGUCUCCAGCGCCAUGAACUCGGCCCCCGUCCUGGGCACCAGCCCGUCCUCCCCAACCUUCACCUUUGCCCUUGGCCGCCAUCAUUACUCCCAGGACUGCAGCAGCAUCAAGGCCGGCCGGCGCUCCUCCUACUUGCUGGCCAUCACCACGGAACGCUCCAAGUCCUGCGAUGAUGGGCUCAACACCUUCCGGGACGAGGGCAGGGCUCUGCGGCGCCUGCCAAACCGAGUCCCCAGCCUGCGGAUGCUCCGAAGCUUCUUCACUGAUGGGUCCUUGGAUAGCUGGGGCACUUCCGAAGAUGCUGACGCCCCUUCUAAGCGACACUCAACCUCUGACCUCUCGGACUCAGCCUUCAGCGAUAUCAGGAGAGAAGGCUGGUUGUAUUAUAAGCAGGUCCUCACCAAGAAGGGGAAGAAAGCGGGCGGCGGCCUGCGCCAGUGGAAGCGGGUGUACGCCGCGCUGCGGGCGCGCUCGCUCUCGCUGAGCAAGGAGCGGCGGGAGCCCGGGCCGGCGGCGGCGGGGGCGGCGGCGGCCGUCGCAGGUGAGGACGAGGCGGCGCCCGUCUGCAUCGGCUCCUGCCUGGUGGACAUCUCCUACAGCGAGACCAAGAGGAGGCACGUGUUCCGGCUGACCACCGCUGACUUCUGUGAAUAUCUCUUUCAGGCUGAGGACCGGGAUGACAUGCUGGGCUGGAUCAGAGCGAUCCGAGAGAACAGCAGGGCCGAGGGCGAGGACCCCGGCUGUGCCAACCAAGCUCUGAUCAGCAAGAAGCUUAAUGAUUACCGCAAAGUGAGCCAUAGCUCUGGGCCCAAAGCUGAUUCCUCCCCAAAAGGCUCUCGUGGCCUCGGGGGCCUCAAGUCUGAGUUCCUCAAACAGAGUACGGCUCGCGGCCUCAGGACUCAGGACCAGCCUGCAGGGAGUAAGGAUGACAGUGCUGCCACCCCUAAAGCCCCCUGGGGCAUCAACAUCAUCAAGAAGAACAAGAAGGCAGCCCCCAGGGCGUUUGGGGUCCGGCUGGAGGAGUGCCAGCCAGCGACAGAGAACCAGCGUGUCCCCCUGAUUGUGGCUGCAUGCUGUCGCAUCGUGGAGGCACGGGGCCUGGAGUCCACGGGCAUUUACCGGGUGCCGGGCAACAAUGCAGUGGUGUCCAGCCUGCAGGAGCAGCUCAACCGCGGGCCCGGUGACAUCAACCUGCAGGAUGAGCGCUGGCAAGACCUCAAUGUGAUCAGCAGCCUGCUCAAGUCCUUCUUCCGAAAGCUCCCUGAGCCUCUUUUCACCGACGACAAAUACAAUGACUUCAUCGAGGCCAAUCGCAUUGAAGACUCGAGGGAGCGGUUGAAGACGCUGCGGAAGCUGAUCCGGGAUCUCCCAGGACACUACUAUGAAACACUCAAAUUCCUCGUGGGCCAUCUGAAGACCAUUGCCGACCACUCGGAGAAAAACAAGAUGGAGCCCCGGAACCUGGCCCUGGUCUUCGGGCCAACGCUGGUGAGGACAUCCGAGGACAACAUGGCGGACAUGGUGACCCACAUGCCUGACCGCUACAAGAUCGUGGAGACACUGAUCCAGCACUCAGACUGGUUCUUCAGUGACGACGAGGACAAGGGAGAGAGGACCCCUGUGGAUGACAAGGAGCCUCAGUCAGUGCCCAACAUUGAGUACCUCCUACCCAACAUUGGCAGGACAGUGCCCCCUGGUGACCCAGGUUCAGAUUCUACCACCUGUAGUUCAGCCAAGUCCAAGAGCUCGUGGGCCCCCAAGAAGGAGCCGUACGCCCGGGAGAUGCUGGCGAUCUCCUUCAUCUCGGCCGUCAACCGCAAGCGGAAGAAGCGGCGGGAGGCUCGGGGGCUGGGCAGCAGCACCGACGACGACUCGGAGCAGGAGGCGCACAAGCCCGAGGCGGCGGCGCCGGCGCCCGGGGCCCAGGACCGGCCGGGGGGACAGCUGCCCGGCGCCGCUGCCCCCGAGGCCCCCGGGCGCCUCAGUCCCCCGGCGGCGCCGGAGGAGCGGCCGGCCGCGGACACGCGCUCCAUCGUCUCGGGCUACUCCACCCUGUCCACCAUGGACCGCAGCGUGUGCUCGGGCGCCGGGGGCCGGCGGGCGGGCGCGGGGGACGAGGCGGACGACGAGCGCAGCGAGCUGAGCCACGUGGAGACGGACACGGAGGGCGGCGUGGGGCCCGGGGGGCGCCCGGUGCGCCGGCCCUCCUUCAGCUCGCACCACCUGAUGCCCUGCGACACCCUGGCGCGCCGCCGCCUGUCCCGGAGCCGCCCCGACGGCGAGGGCGCGGGCUCGGCCCGGGGCGGUCCCCGCGCCGCCGAGUUGCCGGGCUCGGCCUCGUCCAGCAGCCAGGAGUCGCUGCGCCCCACGGCGGCCGCUGCGGUGGCGGCGCUGGGCUCACGGCCUUCGCGCAUCGAGGCUCUGCGGCUGCGCCUCCGCGGCACCGCCGACGACAUGCUCGCCGUGCGCCUGCGGCGGCCGCUGUCGCCCGAGACGCGGCGGCGCCGGAGCAGCUGGCGGCGCCACACGGUGGUGGUGCAGAGCCCGCUGACCGACCUCAACUUCAACGAGUGGAAGGAGCUGGGCGGAGGGGGCCCCCCGGAGCCCGCGGGCCCUCGGGCGCACAGCGACAACAAGGACUCGGGCCUCAGCAGCCUGGAGUCCACCAAGGCGCGGGCGCCGUCGUCCGCGGCCUCGCUGCCGCCUGCGCCCGGGGACCCGGGGGCCCUGCAGAGCCAGCCCCCGCGCCGCUCGGCUGCCUCCCGCCUCCAUCAGUGUCUGUGACCAGCCCCAGCCCCAACCCCCCGCCCCCACACCCCGCGCCGCUCGCCCCCCACCCAGAGCCCCUUGGGAAACAGGAGUCUCUUCUGGCUUGCACCCGCUCUUCUGUUGCCCCUGGGUGCAUCCGGGCGGAAGUGGGAGGGCGCUGAGGCCGUGUCUCUAGUUUGGGUGCUGGAAUUGGUAGGGGGUGGGCAGAGGAGAAGGCCUGGGGGCCAAAGAGUGUGAAUGGGAGUGCGGGGACUCCGGCGAUAA